UCUCUUUCCCAGAGUAGAUAGAAAAGUCUAUGGUGUUCAUGCAAAAAAGAACCACCUUUUGAUGAUUAACUCAAAACAAAAUCAUGUUUUGUUCUCAAAGACAAAGCAGAGGUGGUAAGGGUAAUUCGAUGGCGGUUGAACAACUGAAAAUUGGUCGUGAACAAGGAGUGUUUUCUCGGGUCGACGACGAAAUUUUGCAGAACAUUCUGGGGAGGCUACCGGGGGUUGAGUUCUCAUCAGCAGUCGGCGUCAACACAAAUUGGAACAAGAACUUUGGCCAAAUGCUCUCUCGACCCAAAUUUUCUUCUGCCCUUUCUCUUAACCCCGACCUGCACAAUGCGAUAGAUGAAGUUCUUGACGAGGUUUUCUCUAAAGCCAAUUUGAUUGGACUUCAUUGUCGCAUACAUUGGAACAAAUUUCAGCUUGGAAGAAACUCACCAACUUGUGAACUGGGCUCAGGGUAAUUAUGCACGGAACGCAGAAACGAUCCACCGAGGCAUUGUCGUCUCGGUUGGAUAUGUGCCCGGCUUGAGAGUUGAAGUAUUCCCCCAACCGAGAUGUGAACUUUGUUGCAAUGCUAAGAUCAAUGUUUCUUUUUAUUCAAUCCAAUUGUUAGAAAUAAAGUGAGGUGUAUAAGAUGUUAAAAAUAAUUGUGAAAAUUUCUAGAUGUCUUGAGUGAAGAAUUGUUGUCAUUAAUGUGUUUAUUUAGUAAUAUGAUUGUGUAAACUUAGAGUAGGGUCCCAAUAGGCUUUGGAGAUCAAA